UUGGUGGAACAUAUCCCGAAUCGGGACCCAUGUCGAGCCUGUCCCCGGUUUAGCUUCUCCAGACGGUCGAUUGAGCAAGUAGUAGCCAUUUCACCUUCCUUUGGAAGCAUUCGCCAUACGUGUCAAAGUCAUUGUUUCAGCGCUUUGCUUCGGCUGAUCAUUUGUGUACAAUGGACCGUUUCAGUGAUCGGAGCCGAGAAGCUGACUCCGCUGGACAAAAACGGUCUGUGCGACCCGUACGUCAUCGUAGAGCUUGUUCCGUCGUUCGCCUUUCCCUGCAGUUCGUUGUACAAAACCAAGACCGUCAUGAAGUCGUUGAAUCCGAUUUUCGACGAAACAUUUCAAUUCACGCUGCCUGACGACGUACCCGACGACGCGUGGCUGCAUUUGAUCGUGAUGGAUUAUGACUUCAUUCUGUCGGACGAUUUUGCCGGGGAGACGUUCCUCAGCCUGUCUCAACUUAUCAACAAGAAAGCCGUGAAGCAGUCGCACACGCUGCGGACGUCCCUGAGUAAAAUAGCGCGACCCAACGACAAAACUGCUCAGGACUUCCUCAACCGCGUCCGAUCGAUACAGCGUAUGUAG